ACCAAUAUUCCUGCAAAUAGUUGGUGUGGAAAACAAAACAAAAGCUGCUGCGUGUCUCUGGUUUGGGCAAGUGAACGAAAACUCAUUUCUCCUCCUUCAGACUCUUAUUUUUAUUCAGACACACAUCAAAAAUUAAGAGAGAAACGACAGGACUACACUAGCUGCAUAUUAUUGCGAUUCGACUAAUUUGAUUUAAAACAAAACUAUGGCAUUUGGUUUGUAUAGUUUGCUAGAAGUAAUUCUUCUUGUUAUUAAUGCAAUGGCUGUAUUGAAUGAAGAGAGAUUUCUGUCAAAAGUUGGGUGGGGAGCUGAUCAAAUGGCUGGGUUUGGUGACCAACCUGGUGUGAAGCAACAAUUACUCAAUUUAAUCCGAUCAGUCCGAACUGUAAUGCGAAUUCCACUCAUUGGUGUAAAUGCUUUUGUUAUUAUUGUUAAGUUAUUAAUGGGGUAAAGUCACAUCAAGAAUUGUUUAUUAUGGAAUCAGUGCAUAUAAGUAAGACAUUUAAAAAGACGUGUGGUGAUGGCCUUGAAAUUCUUGUGGUUUAAAGAUUUGGAUUAUUCUAUUCUAUUUACUUUCGAAAUUUAUUUAUGUUGUGUUCAGACUAAGUUUUUUGAAGAGAAAUUAUAGCAGUGUUCAUUGAUCAGAUGUGUGUGUUAUUGCACAGUCAUAAAGUUGCUACAUGUAUGUUUGUUUGUUUAUUUGAAGUGUAAUUGUAAGCCAAAUAUUUUCUAUAUCACUAUAUAUUAAUAUUAUAUAUCCUACAUAAAUAAAUAUUGUUAAAUUGUGCAGGUGGUAAUUUUAGUUUGUUGUUUGGACGUUUAUGUUUUUAGAUUUAAUUUUCCAGCUAUUGUAACUGAGUCAAACACAAUUUAAUUAGUUGUUCUCUGGUAUGCUAACAUCCCAAUUGUUUACUAAAGGAAAUAAUUUCGAUAUAUACAAUCCUGCUUUGCCACAAUUACCACCAUACUUCUGCGAAAAUAAAAGUUGGAGAUUAUCAUCAUACAUUUGUUCUAGUUGUUCAUUUGAUCAAAUUUUAUUAGAUAUUUAUUUAAACUUAUUGACUUCAAAUUCAAAUUUGUACAGUUAAUAAAAACAGCGGCCUUAAUGGUGCAUGGGAGUAAAGAAACUUGAAAGGCUACCUUUAGUAAACAAUAUUUAAAUUUUUUCUUCUUUGCAACUUAUAUAUUACCCUUUGGCAAUAUUAUUUUCUUGAUUUAUUU